UAUUCUUACAGCACACAAAGACAUCUACACACUCAAACCCUUUGUCCUAAAAUCCUCUUUCCCAAACUCAGAUAUCUUGUCACCAUAUUUUUUUCUUUUUUGCCAUCUCACAUCAUAGGCAAGGCCACCAAGACCCCUUUUAUCUUUUAUGAUUUAUCUGUCAAAAUUCACAUCCCUUUGUACUCCUGCACAACAAAGCCCUAAUUUCAUCCGCAUCUAGGUUUUCAUCCUUCUUCUGGAGACAAGGCCUCACCAAAAUUCUGUUGAAACGCGUCCUCCAAAAAGUUGCACUUGCUCACUUUUGCCUUCGAUUUCUUACAAUUCAUUCAUUCAUACAUAUAUAGCCAUGGCAUGGAUAAGAAGGAAAGCAGACAAGACCUCUUUGCUGCCUGAAAUUGUUUUAAUCACAAUCGUUUCGUUUCUUCCAUUUAAAGAGGCUGUAAGGACAAGCAUCUUGUCCAAGAGGUGGUCGAAAAUUUGGCUUUCAACAAAGAACAUAGAGUUCAACGAACUCUUCUUUCUUAACCCUCCUGAAACUGAUGCCACCAAACAAUUACAGAGAAGGACACUUUUCUUCGACUUCAUCACCCACUUCAUGGACAACUACCGUGGCAUCAACACAGUGGACAAGUUUUCUCUCAAGGUUUCAAACCCUGAAAGUUGUGCUGACAUUAUAGAACGUUGUGUUGCAUUUGCUACUGAGCGUGGGGUUAAAGAGUUAAGGCUUGAUUUCUCUGACCCAACAUGGGAGGAGAAUGAGGAUGAUGAUAAUGACCAUCAUGAUGCUUUGUUUCAAUUGCCAAACCAUGUUUACAGGCAUGCAUCCCUUGAGGCUUUGGAGUUGUAUGCUUGUGGUUUUGCCAUGCCUGAUAUGUGCAACCUUGUGGAACUCAAGGAUGUUUCUUUUGGGUGGAUUGAAAUGAGUACUAACACUGUUAAGACUCUAUUAUCCACUCUUGGGAAACUUGAGAACUUGAGUAUGAAGAAAUGUUGGAAUUUGGAACAUUUUGAUAUGCGUACUCAAGAAGUUGGAUUAAGAAGAUUGGUCAUAGAUAAGUGUCAUUUUGUCAUCUCUGAUUACGUGGAUUUGAGGGCGCCAAAUCUUAAGUUUCUCAAAUAUUCUGGAAAAUUGGGGAUUUUUGAAGUAAAAGCACUCCCUGAGGUCGUACAAGAAGCACAACUGGACUUCACUCCUAUGCCCAAAUUUGAAGAAUAUGGGGAUGAACUUUGUCAAUUAUUACUCGAUCUCAGUGGUGUUCGUGUUCUUACAGUUUGCAGUUUCUUACUUCAGGUACGUACUUUUCUUUCUCUUUUUUAA